UAAUAAUUUAACCAAAAAUGUUUACAUUAAAAUCAAACAAAUAGUUUUAAAUGAUUUAAAUCAUCACAAAAUAGUUUGAGAACCACAUCGACAAUGAUAUUCAACGGCGAAGUCGACAGAUAUCAAGGAUUUCAUGUCAAUCUCAAAGAUGUCAAACAGUUUAAAGAUAUUACUGUCGAUGAGUUUGAAUUAUCACUAAAAGAAGCACUCGAUGAUUGGGUAAAAAAAUACCGGUGCUCAUGGUUCGAGGUCGGCCUACAAUUGACACAUUUUCUACCCGUUUUAGCUAAAUUUGGUUAUGUCUUUCAUCACACAAAGACAGAGUAUGUAUCGAUGAACAAGUGGUUGUCGCCAUCGGAGCCCAAGAAUGUGCCCGACUAUGCCUUCACUAACAUAGGCGUCGGAGGAUUAGUCAUCGACAAAGACAAUCGGGUUUUAGUGGUCAAAGAGAGACAUAAUCUCGGAAUUAAAAUGUGGAAAUUUCCCGGCGGUUACUCUAUUCAGGGCGAAGAAUUUGGUGAAACAGCAAUCCGUGAGGUCAGAGAAGAGACAGGCAUUGAUUGUCAGUUUGAAUCUGUUAUAGCCUUUCGACACAUCCAUAAGCUGGCCUUUGACUGUAGCGAUAUUUACAUGGUUUGUCAUCUGAAACCAUUAGGUUCUGUGAUGAAAGGGUCGGGUAGUCUAGAAAUAAGCAAAUGUAACUACGAGUUGGAUGAUUGCCAGUGGAUACCAGUAGAUGAACUGAGACCCCAGUUGUCGGCAUUCAAUCGCUAUAUACUCGAAAAGUUUGUUAUGAGUCAAUCAGCGGGUGUUAUGAUUGGUCUCAAAGAGAUACCCGUAAAUAUUCCGCAAUUCAAACAUAUUAAACAACAAACUUAUUCAAUACAUCAAUUUAAUAAACAAUUACAGGAUAACAAAGGGUCAUAGGGUUAGAACAAAAUAAUUUUUGAAACAUUUAUUUUGAUUUUUUUUAUAUAAUAUAUAAAACUU